UCUCUUAUAUUGGCAGCUUAUCCCACCCACCCCACCUCUCACCUCACAAAUUCUCUCCAAUUCCUCUAAUCCCACUCAACAAGUCCUCAAGUCAUUCAAGACUCAAAACUUUCUACACCCCCAAACCAUGGGAGAUUACAGAUCCGAGUCCUAUAGUGAUAACAGGAUGCAGAUAGAAAAAUAUUAUGGACCCCCUCCCACCACCACCACCACCAGGCCUAAUAAUUUCAGGUCAUACAGUGCUUCCUAUGCGGCGGCGGAGCCAUCACCACCACCACAAAAAAAUGACGGGAAAAUAAAGAAAGGCAGUGGAAAAUCUUGGAGUUUCAAUGACCCUGAAUUCCAGAGGAAGAAAAGGGUGGCUAGUUACAAAGUCUACUCUGUUGAAGGCAAAGUCAAAGGGUCUUUCAAGAAGAGUUUUAGGUGGUUUAAAUAUAAGUACACCCAGGUUGUCUAUGGAUGGUGGUAAACUGCUAAACUCGAUCAUUCAUAUUUCAUGGGAUAAUUUGCUGAAGAACUUCUUUACAUGCUUAUCGAACAGUUUGCUCUUAGAAAAGUCGAAAAAAACAUGAUUUCUUAAGGUACAAGGUACAGAGGUGGAUUUUCAUUAUGUGGUAGAGCACUUUGUUUCAAAUUAAUUAUCAAUAUGCAAUUUACAUGUUUGUUUCACUGCGGAAAUUCUAUAAUUUUAUGAUUUGGUAUA